GGUUGAUUGCGUGAUGUUACUGUCGAUUGAAAACGCCAUUCUAACGGCUUCCUUGUGUUUAAACGGAGCAUGCAGAGAACAAUGGCUGCAGUCCUGCUGGCAUUGCACAUCGUACUCGAAAGGCAUCAAGGAGGAGUGUUUCCAAAAAAAAGAAGCGAUGAGAUCUUGUUCCCACAGAAUACUUUCAAUGCAGGCGAAAAUUUGAAUGAACUCAACCAACAUCCAGUCAGGAAUGCAGUUGAAAAAGAAGUGCAAGCGAGCGAUUUGUUUCUGGCUAAGGCUUGGUUUCAUAGUUGCCAACCUAUGACGAGAAGUCGUUCCUCAGAAUUGAGGAAGAGGUAUGCUGCCCUGCAAACUUCACAGACAUCAGUUGCUAUGGAGACCAUGUCUAAUAUAUCAGAGAAUGGCAUUAACAACUUCAAACAAUACUAUACAAAUCCAAAUGGAUUCAACAACGUGUCAAUGGGUGAGAUGCCGAAUCAAGUGAAUACAUUUAUGUCUCCAUCCAACUCAUCUUCCUCUAAUUUCAACACUCCACAAGGGGGGAAUGUAGACAACAUUUCUUCUGUUGUGACCAUGCUCAAGGGUACACUGGAGCGUAAGAAACUUGGUAACUCGGUUGAGAAAGAAGCUGUUGAUGACAGUUCUUUUGGAUGUUAUGGUUCUGAAGAAGUCUUAGGUAACACAGUCCUGAAUCAAGAAAGAAAUCAGGCACAUGAGAUGCAAGGAACUUUCCAUGACUUAUCUGUAGUUCAAAUUACAGAGGCUGCAAUUAUGCAAACAGUUGAAGGGUCUUUUGGUUUUGGCCUCGAAGGCAUGAUUCCUCACACAAAUGUUAUUCAGAUGAGUACAGUAUCUCGAGAACCUUCCCAAAGUGAAUCCUCUGCUGCUGCACCUGUAGUUUCAACCGGUUUUGAAGUAUGUGAUGGACCUAGUACCUCAGGUCAAGCUCCUACUGUCUGUGAGAGCUCUAGGAAGCAUGUGGAUUAUGCAAGGAGUUCAGAAUAUGGUUCUAGAAUUAAAGAUGUCAGAGAGCGUAUGUACAAUAACUUGAAAGAUGAUAAAAAGAAAGAAGGCUUAGUUCGAUAUGGAUCUGUAACAUCAGCUGGUUCAGUGGAACAAGGAGAUCCCACUAAGAAGCGCAGGGUGGAGAGGUCUCGAAAAAUGGCAGAAGCGAAGGAAAGAAAUUUGACACCUGCAGUUCCUUCUGAUAUGCAAUCCAUUUUGAAGAGAUGUGAAAACCUUGAGAAGGAAGUGCGCUCACUGAAACUCAACUUGUCUUUCAUGAACAGGAAGGACUCUGAGCAAACCAAGCAGAUAGAAGAGCUUCAGAAGCAGAAUGAGGAUUUGGCAAAAGAAAAAGAGCGGCUUCUUGAAGAAAUUGAGCGUAUCAUUUCUGAAACAGCCAAGAUGUAACACUUUCUUUAGUCUCGUGCCCCCCAAUCAACCUUAAACAUUGUUGAAGAUUUAUCUUCAUCUUGAACCCUUUUUGGGCAAGUGCACCUUAUCAAUAUUUACUAGGAAAAGCAUUCUCCAGAUUUGUUAUACUCAGGCCUUGUGUCAUGGAACAUGCCAUCAUAACUAGCUAGUCCCAAAUGGCAGUUUUUUUGUAAGUUCACUUAGCUCAGCGUACAUAGAAAUUUUGGAUAGUUUCUAUAUCAAAGAGCUAAGAUGCAUUGUAAACUGUUACCUGCUCAAGGGACACUUAUGAGCCUGUUCUC